GAUUCUGCCAUAGCAAACGCUGGAGGGGUAUUAAAAACGCGUGCACGGCAAAUUGCAGCACCUCAAAUAUGUCCUCCUUGGACAAUUGAGGCUGGGCGCAGAAACGGCACUACCAUAUUUAGCAGUUUACGGCGCAUGCGGAUGCCGACUAUUGAAGUACCAAGAAGGACGACCAUGGAGACGAGGUUGAAGUCUCAACAAAGAAGUACUACUGGUAUAGUAGAGACCAGGUCACAUCAGAAUCGGCGAACGACGGUAGAUAUUCAGCCCUUGACGAGACCGACACUAGGCCUUGGCGGCUCAAAAUCUUCAACAACAAGUGACGGAUCAAAAUCAACACUUGUCGGUCGGGGAGGAGGGGUGAGCAGUACAUGUUCUACGCGUGCUUCGCCCUUGAGCGAUUUGGGGUCUUCCUCGUGUGGACCGAACGGAGCAAAGCUGAUUGUGUCGAUAGAUACUAAUGAGGAUGAAGAUCUUCAGGUGAGAAGCAGCAUUUCGGAAGGCGUAGAAGGAGCAGAGGACAAAGAAAACGAGAACAAGAACAUUAAGGUUAGGUUAAAGGUACUUUUGUUCUUACCGUUUGUUAUGGGUCUCCUGAGGGGGACAGCUAUAACAAGCGGGAUAAACGAACACCAAAAACCUACCUCUAACAACAGUUCGCGUAAAGAUAUCGGAACUUCAGGCUCUACGACAACUGGUGGAGCAGGUGGAGGCGGGCAUCAGGAUCAACAAGGACCUCAAGCAAGGCGGGUUGUCGAACAAGUAGUACAGUAUAAAAAGAAUUCACCGGCUUUAUCGGUUGACCACGCGGACUCGGGACGAACUGAAGUGGAGCAGCAUUCAGGACGAGCACUUACUUCUACGAACAUCAAGAAGCCUUUUAGUUCUUGCAGCGCCAUGAUAUUAGGUCAGAAGACGAAACCUUUCGAGGCAAAAACGAGUACUCUUACAACCCUAUCUACUUGUUCCGCGAGUAAAACUACAACCACUACUAGUACCACUUCUGCUGUAACUGCAGGAGCAGCAGCAGGUGCAGGUGCAGGUGCAGAUGCAGCCCAGUUCCUAAUUCCUGCUCCUGGUUGUUUGCAACAUCCUUUCAAUACUAGGCCUACGAUGUUGACGCUGCCUAACCAAAUCGUCCAAAAAACACCAGCAACUUCAAAUGGUGCCCGUUCUUCCGAUGGGGCGCCCUACUUCCGAGUUCGCCUACGUGCAGGGCAUCUGAUGCUGCCUCCAGGGUGUAUUGCACUGCCUGCGUUUAAGAUUAUACCUGAAGAGCAGCAGCAAGACAAAAAGGUGGAGGUUGCUGUGAACCUGAAGAAACGAAAAGAAGAUGUUGGGAUUGUAGGAGACGAACAGGAGGUCGAUGUUGAUAUUGGGACGAACAAAAAUCAACUUGAUACCGUUGAACUCCCGAAGAUGAAUAGAACAGAAAUCAUGAAGGAAGGUCAACAUCAUGAAGUGGCUAGUUCUUCUUGUGCAAGCGACAUGAACAAGGAUACUGCACGACUACACGCCUCAUCUUCUUCAACGACUUAUCCUCGUAUUUGUAAAACUAAAAAUCAUACAUCUGGACUAGCGACCGCAUCAGCUGUUGCAGCUACCUCUAUCCGUACAACAACACCAGGACCGCCAGUCCUAUCAUCCUGGCGGACAAACAUCCCAGACGAACAAAAAAGUUGGAAAAGUACGAUUCCUAUGACGUCCAUAUCAUCGUCAAUGCACCCUCAAACCGCCGGCCCUCAUCGCGUACGUGCACAUUCUGGCGAGAGUGAUGAGGAAGGAGCUUCAUUCCGAUUGAACGAAAUCUAUGAUUCGAUCUCAAAGUUCUUAUUGAGAUGAUAGUUCUUCAGCAUGUACUUCUUAUGUGCUGUAUCGACUAUGUUUAUUUUGUGACGAGCCUCCAUCCUGCAACGAUUAUUCACUACGCCUACUCCUCUUCUUUCGCGCAUUCAUAAGAUCUUAUCCGCUAUCACAGACUAAAUCCAAAUGUACCUGAAUUUCUUACGCAUAUUGGCUUCCGCUUUUGGAUCGUCCUUGCACUUGGACUUCCGGAAAAUAAAAACAUUCAGAUAACCGAGGGGGCAUAAACUAGAGCAAUGAAGUGAAUCAAUAGAAAAGGCAC